AUGGCGGCUAAGGACCUUGAAAUUGCGCAGCAGUUGGAUGCGGCCCUGAUUGGCACUGUAAAAGUUUACCAACUUGACCAGUUACUUUUCGAAAGUUUAGAUGUGUGCGGAGCUCGAUCCCUUAAUCAAGGAAAUAUUCGACGCCUUCUCCAUCGCUUCAACAAUGAGGGAUGCCGUCGCUCUGACCCGUUGACUUGGAUAACUGCAGAGGUGUCGCCGUCCGAACUUCAGCAAUUGAUGACCAUAAGUUCAGUGGAACGUUUGACCAGAGAAAACCCAACAGAAUUGAAGUUGCAGUCGGGCUGCACAGUGCGCUGUUUCCAGGGGCAGCAUCGGCUUGCAGCAGCAACAAUAUGGCUCAGCCCAGAUGAGCUGUGGUGGAAUCUCAUCCUAUAUGACUCCACAAAGUUGACUACUGAUGCCCGCAGAAAACUGCGUGAAGCGGAAUGCAUUUCCCAGGAGUUCAGUGACGGAGAUAUAUAUCGUAAUGUUCGAUAUUACCAGAAACGGGGGGAGACCGACCCUGCGGGCGAAUGGCUAGCAAGAUGGACACCAACAAAAUGUCGCGACUUUAAGCAGAUCUAUCAACCCAAGGUGGACAACCACCGCAGUUUCCGUGAAAAUUUGGAUGCGCUCCUUCUAUUUCCAGCAUUAUGCCCCCCCUGGCUUAUGGGAACCCAUCUCCUAAGUCUGCAAUGUCCUGAGGAACUCGCGGAAUACCUCAGUCACGUCUAUUCCGCAUGGACCCUCCUUACGUGCCAGCAGUCUGAUUUGCUGGACCCUGAGACUGUUGAGCUUAUGGAAGGACGAUGCCCUUAUUUAUCAGAAGCAGACCGCUGGCAUAUCAAUUACAUUUUCGAUCAGAACCUAGCAUUCUCCCGUACGACGGACCCUCACGUUCGUUUACAGCUACAACGGGCUGCAUUGGAUUAUCCAACAGUCAUAUCUUCCUUAAAGCUCUUCCUGGAGAAUACAAAAUAUCUCCGACCCAUGGUACAUGUGGUGAAAAAUUUAUUGUCGUGUAAUUUCAAGGGAACUAUCAGACAAACAAUGCGACGAUACUAUGUGACUCCUCGAGACCAAAGGUUUCCAAUUCAGAUUUCUGAAAAUAGCUUUGAAGAGCGCGAGCACGGAAAUCAGAAGUACGGAUUUUGGUCUGCUUAUCGUCAGAUAUUCCUCUUUGCCAUGCGCCAUUUUUAUGGCGUAUCAGAGGCACGACCCCUUGGCCACAGCCGCUACACCAAGCCAAGAAAACCGCAUGACCCCCAGGAACUGUGGAACCGCUUCAAGAAAUUCGCCCUUUCGCUUGGCUUUGUUCUGCCGGGCCAUAAUCUCUCCAGGCCAACACAUCACCCGCCAGAAUUCACAGCUGUCCAUACCUUCCUAACUCGCCUUCGCCCCCCUGGACUCUUUGAGUAUAACCCGUCCAUCCCGGCUGAGUGUAGCAGCUAUGUCGCAAAUGUGCUUUCACAAAUCAAGGAGCAUAGAGUUGAGGCACCAGUUCCUUCCCUUUCCCUCGACAUAGAGGACGAUUGGUCACUCCAAAAGCGGUGCGGGAUGACAGACAUUGAGACAUUCUUCUCAGAUCAGAAGUAUCUGUUCUUUCACAAUGUAUACUGUUUCCCAAAUGACUCUCGACGGCAUAGUCUAACAAGUUUCGCUGUGAAGAGAGAUAUGUUUCUCGCUUUUUUCCCUGAUUUUUGCGAAGACACAGACAUGACAGGAACCAAUCCUCCAUCACAUGCAGAUUACAGAGACCAAGCAGGAGCAGCCUCGGCGCAGGUAGAGAUUUCCAGCACACCUCAGGCAACCCCGGUUCAAGGUACAAACAUGAUACCCGAAGGAGAAGAGGUGAACAUGUUUGACAGCUCCCUGACAACAGCAAUGGUCCCUGCAACUUUGCAGUCUCAAACUUCUGAUUUCGUUCAGUUAAUGCAAGCGGGGCUGGAAUGUAUAUACUUACAUACAACCAACCCACCACUCGACUAUCCCUCAACGGACAACGACACAAGCAACAACAAUGUCAAUUCAGAAAACUUGUUGGCGCGCAGUGCAUCUCUUUAA